AUGCGGACUCUCUUUGGACUCCUGGCCUUGGCUGGCUCCAAUGUCUUCUUGACUGGUGUCAAUGCCGCCGGCCAAGAUGACGAGCUGAGCAUCAUCUCCAAGAAGCGAAUUGCUGACUUGGCUCAGUUUCCUGAUCCGACGUGGUUCAAUUCCAUAUCCACGUGGUUGGCUAGCCAGAAGAGCGAUGGAACUUGGUCCGAUGUCAAUUACUUGUCUGGAUGUGCAGCUCAACGCGCCAAUUGGCCAAUUCAAGUCCAUUGGAAUAGACUCAUCACCUUUGCUGCUGCUUGGUCUGGCGCCAAUCCAGCUGUUCCACAGAACUGGACGAAGAGCGAUGACUUGAUGAAGGCUAUUUCCAAGGGAUUGGACUACUGGUUUAGCAAUGACUAUACUCCUGCCGAUUGUAUGGGCAACGGCGGAAUAUCGACUGGAGGAUGUCCAUGUGGCACGCCAGGCUUGUGGAAUCAGAACUGGUACGGCCAGGCUAUUCUGAUUCCGCAGCUAUGCUCAACCACUUGCCUGCUCUUGAAGGAUGCAAACUUGACCAAGGACCAGAGCGCAGGAUGCGAGCGCAUUCCUCGCAGGUCAUACGACCUCAGAGAUGGAGUUUAUGGCACCGGCGGUCGCAUGACAGGAGCCAAUGCUGUCUUGGUCAUGCAAAACUCGGCCAGUUUGGCAUUGUACACCAACAACGCUACCAUGCUCAAGGACGCAUAUACCCGGGCAAUGUCAGUCAUGACUUACGCCGACGCAACAAUGGCAGACGGCAUCCACAGAGACGGCACGUUCCUGCAGCACGCUGGCAUCUUGUACAACGGAAACUACGGCAAAGACUUGUUCAAUGCAUUCAUCCAACUUAACAGUGAAGCCGCCGGCACCUCAUUCGCAGCUGGACCAGCUACGGAAGACGCCAUCGCCACGCAAGUCAGGGGCAACGAGUGGAUGAUCUUUGUCGACGAGCAAACAAAACGGGAGCACUGGGACUUUAAUGCCAUCGGUCGAUUCGUCGCAUUCCCAAGCCAAGACUUACAAGCCAACUCAGACAUCAACUUCAACGUUUCCAAGCUCGCCCGCGCCGUUGCAGACUUCACUGGCGCAAACGACGUCAGCGACACGAUCCGAAGAUUGAAAUCCAACGGCACUGAGAAACUCGUCGGCAACAAAGGCUUCUGGGCCAGCGAUUACAUGGUCCACCGAACCAAGUCCUUCAUCCUUGGUAACAAGAUGCUGUCCACACGAUCGCGCAACACCGAGGCCGUCAACUCUGCCAACCCAUACGGAUACCACCUGGGCCAGGGCACUCUCUUCUCCUACGUCGAGGGCAACGAGUACAAGGACAUCAUGGGCGCAUGGGACUGGAAUCUCAUCCCCGGAACGACGACCCUCCUGAACCACCCGAAGCUGUCAGCUAGUGCGUCUGCAAAUCUUGGAAAGAACGACUUUGUCGGUGUUGUCAGCGACGGCAAGGUUGGAACCGCGGUGGAAGAUUACGUUGAUCCCUUUGACGGCAGCAUCUCUUACCGCAAAGCUUGGUUCUACCAGGAUGACUUUGUCCUUGUCACCACACAAGACAUCAAGAAGAAUGUGUCUGAUGCGUCUGUCAUCACUGUCCUCGACAACCGUGCCUCUGCCCACGGAAAUAUCUGGGUCGAUGGAAGAAACGUCAAUGCCGAUAAGGGAAAAACAACCAAGGGCAAGACCCUCUUCUACGGCGGGAAUGGCUAUCUCUCGUACGACAACUCCUUUGAUCUCACUCUCUUUGAGGGCAAGCGCACGGGCAAUUGGUCCGAGAUCUCGACCUCAACCGCUGGCGUCACCACCGUCUCCAUCUUCUCAGCGUACAACACCGUCAAGGGCAAGUCUAGCGCCUACGCGGUAUUCCCUGCCUCCAGUCGCAACAGACUUGCCAAGGAGCUGGUGAAGCCGUCGUCCUCCCCCAUCAUCAAGAACGGCAUCAGCGGAGCCGUUGGUUCGGAUAAAUUGAGUCUAGUCUUCUGGCCUGGCGGCAGCAAGAGCAUUAAGCUGAGCCUCAAGGAGAUCGGCUGGGCUAAAUCAGGUUCCGUGACUAUCACGUCUGCCCAGCCAGGUGCUUACCUCUUCUCUGGGAAGUGCAAGCGCGGCAAGGGCAUGACUCUGUUGGCUACCUUGUCUGAUCCAACCCAGAAGGCUACCAAGGCUACCUUUUCUCUCAAGUUUGAGGGUGCCAAGGCUAAAUUGGCGGCUGCGGCCGUGGCGGCCAAGGAUGGUAGAUCUGGCGAUGAGGUUGAGGUCAAGUAUACUGUCAGUUUGCCGACUGCUGGACUGGCAGGGUCUUCGAUAUCACGCAAGAUGUACUUGGAGUUUAAGUAA